CUCUAUAUAAAUCAGUGCAGGGACAGUUUGACCAAAAAUAAAAAUUUGGUCAUCAUUUACUUACACACUUAUCGUUCAAAAGUUCAAGCUAUGGUUAUAAUAUUUAUUUCACAUAUCUUGAUUAGGCAUAAAAAGAAUGGACCUCCACACUCAUCCUGGGGGUGGCCCACUAAUGGCUGUGGAGCUGAAAAAUAAUAUCAUUGUUCACUGGAGGGUACAUGGUGUUCCUUUGCGAUUUGGUAAAAUAAUGCCUAUCAUUGACCUACAUUACAUCAGCAAUGAUAUUGAUGAAAUAGCCGGUGGGGCUCAUGCAGUCAUUGUCUUCACAUACUGUGCUCACCUGGUUUUUCACCCAAUAACAUUUUACAUAUAUGAAGUGGCCAAAAUCCGCCAGUCUGUUGUUGCACUGCUGAGUCGUGCUCCAGAGACAACCGUCAUCAUCAAGUCUGGAAACACUGCUGGACUAAAGAAUAUUUAUCAAAGUGAUUGGCACAUGUUGCAGUUGAACACUGUGAUGCAGGAGAUGUUCAGAGACAUUGAUGGAGUCAUCUUCAUAGAUGUCUGGCAGAUGACUUCCUGUCACUAUCUACGUGAAAACAUUCACCCAGGACCCGUCGUCAUUGGCAAUGAAGUUGACAUGUUGUUGUCAUAUAUCUGUCCUGCCUGAGGCCUGUUCAAGUUGAUUUGGUUCUAUUUGGAAACCUACCUGGUCGGGGGAAGACUAAUCAAGUUGUUACUUAACCGGAUUUCCUCUAAUACUGACCUGAUGAAAAGAUCUCUUGGUUAUCAGAUUUGU